AUGAUUUGCACGAUCGGGCCUUUUGGGCCUGGGUGGGAAUUGUUGGGUGGACAUGCAGCAUCCCACCCAUCCCACCCAUCUCACCCAUCCCACCCAUCCCACCCAUCGCACCCAUCCCACCCAUCCCACCCAUCCCACCCAUCUCACCCAUCUCACCCAUCCCACCCAUCUCACCCAUCCCACCCAUCUCACCCAUCCCACCCAUCUCUCCCAUCCCACCCAUCUCUCCCAUCGCACCCAUCUCUCCCAUCCCACCCAUCUCUCCCAUCGCACCCAUCCCAUCCGCCAGCUCCAACAGUGGGCUGUGAUCCCAUAGACACGCUGCCGGUUACUCACUUUCCCCCUUCACUUCACUCCCUGCAUAAUCUCCCUUCCCACUCAUCUCACCCAUCUCUCCUACCAGCCGCCACCCCCCGUGAUCCCAUGGACAUGCUACCGGCGUCUCUCUGGCACCGAGUGUUCCGCUGCCUGCUGCUGCCGCCCGGCUCCUCGCACCCCGAGAACCCCCUCGUCCACAGCAGACGAAAGACGCCCUGGUAUCUCACCGCCACAACACAGCCCCCAGCGGGCAGAAACCUGCCCGUGAAAUUUGUGGACCCUGACUUCACGGCAGUCGGGCAGCACCGGAAGAAUGCGAAGAGUUACGGCAGCGGGUGGGCACUGCUGUGCUGCGCCAUGGCCAGCAAGAGGCUCCUCACGCUCGUCCUCUCCUUCUCCGUGAGUGCUGCUCUGUCUGUGCUUGACUUGAUGUUUGGAAUGCCUCGGCUGUCCCUCGCGCUCACCUACACACACAUCAUGCUCCUCUCCCACUUUCAUAUUCCCUCCUCCAUUCGCACCCAUCCGUCUCUGCAGGCCCAGCACCCCAUAUGCUUGGUCUACAACGAUCUGCACCCGCAACGGGAGAGGAGCGCCCAUCACCCCAUCUCCUUGGUCUACAACGACCUACACCCGCAGUGGGAGAGAAGCGUUGCCUUCUUCCUGCGCUGGCGCGGCCUCAGGUCCCUCGCCCUCACCUACACGCACAUCAUGCAGCUGCACACGCUCUGCUCGCAGGCCGAGUGCUCCUGCUCCUGGCGCGGCCUCAAGUCCCUCGCCCUCACCUACACGCACAUCAUGCAGCUGCACACGCUCUGCUCGCAGGACCAGUGGCAGUUCUCCUCCCUCACCUCGCUCAGCCUCAAGCUGCGCGGCUGUGUGGACUCCGCGCAUCAGUUUGACACAGUGGAGCAGGGCGAUAGGGAUGAGGUGGAGGAGGACUACUGGACGCACUCCUUUGACUGCCCACGUCUGCAGCGGCUGAAGCUGGGCCGCGGCAAGGGGGUUCUACAAGCAAUACCCUCGCCUGUCAGAAUCAAGUGCGCACCACCCAUGGACACCUCUAUUGCCACCGCAGCACCCAUCCUGCUCAUCACUGCACACCUCCCUGUCACACACCUCUCACAGUUGUCUACCUUGCAAACUCACAAACUCCGAUCGAUUUCUCCCCUCUCCUGUCGUCUCGUGGCAUGA